AGAAUACUAAAAUCACAAGAUGAGAAGCUCAACACCUAUGGCAGUAUAAUCGGAGAUGCACUUGCUCCCAAGGUAGCUUCCUUUUCGUCAAGAGGACCAAGCCUUUCAAGCCCCGGAAUUCUGAAACCUGACAUCAUUGGACCCGGCGUUGACAUCCUAGCAGCAUGGCCUGAAUCAGUAGACAAUGCCACACUUCCUAAUCCUAAGGCAACAUUUAACAUAAUUUCUGGUACCUCAAUGGCAACUCCUCACCUAAGUGGCAUUGCAGCUUUGAUCAAGAAAUCACACCCUGACUGGUCUCCAGCUGCAAUCAAAUCUGCCAUCAUGACAACCGCUGAUGUACUAAAUCUUGCAGGCACACCGAUCGUGGAUCAAGAUCUUACACCCGCGGAUGUUUUCGCAAUUGGUGGAGGCCAUGUCAACCCUGCAAAGGCAAAUGAUCCGGGGCUUAUCUUCGACAUAAAACCUGAGGAUUACUUUCCUUACUUGUGUGGAUUGAAUUACAAUGAGACAGCAAUAAAGAUCAUCACACAACAAACAGUGAAAUGCUCUGAAGUCGGGGUCAUACUAGAAGCACAGCUCAAUUACCCUUCAUUUUCUAUUAAAGCAGGCCCGAACCAGACUCAGUCUCAGUAUUAUACACGGACUGCGAAGAACGUCGGCCCCGCUACGUCAACUUACAACUUGGAUCUUUUAGUACCACAUCAAAUGGGAAUGAGUGUGAAUCCUCAGGUGCUUACAUUCACAGAGGUUAACCAGGAGAUUACAUACCAUGUCGAAUUUAUCGCAGAAGAUGGUGCUGGGAAGGAUGGCGUUCCAUACGGUCAAGGAUACUUGAGAUGGUUUUCUGAUAAGCAUAAUGUUACUACCCCUAUAGCUGUCAUCUUUGACACCCCGCAAGAUUAAGAUUGUUGCUUUAGAUGCUAUCAGCAGUCAUCCUAAAAAAAGAACGUGCCUCGUCCAAUUAAAACAAAUGUUCAUCCAUAAUGCAUUAUGAAAUAAAACAUGGCGUUUAUCCGUGGUUGUUGUUGUUGUUC